AUGAAAGCUGCGUCCGUCGCGGUCACUUUGGCCAUGAUGAUGUCUGUCACCGCAUCGCCGCUCGACACAGCAGGUGACCUUGAAGCUCGUGAUAACGCUCAACUGAACGCUCGUGGUGUCUCUGCGACCUCCCCAGCUCCAUCUUCGAGCACUUGCACAGACGAGCUUGUCAAGCCAACUGUUUCCAUUUCUCCACCUAUGGCGGCAGUAUCUUCCAAUGGAGCUGUAUCCGUAUCAUCCGCACCUACUAGUAGCUUGGCUGGAUACAUUCACCAUUCCGAUACGGCGAAACCUUCUACAAUCCUAUCGUCGCCUCCUGCAGUCUCAUCGUCUUCUGUGGCCCCAUCCGCAUCUCCUAGCACGUCGACUAGCGUUCACCAGUCCCAAACUGCGACGUCUUCUCUGGUUACAUCUUCGGUAUCUAGCAGCAUCUCGGCUGGAAGCGUUCAUCACUCUGAUACCACAACUUCCUCAACGGUUUCUUUUGUAUCAGUCUCGUCGAAUAGCGGUGUUUCUGCCACUUCUCCUGCCAUUGUCUCCUCGGCUUCCUCUGCCUCGAUUUCUUCACCGAGUGCAACUGCUGUGUUGCCUUCGACCAGUCUUGUUCAGUCCUCCGCAACUGGGACGGUUUCUAGCUCCUCCAACGCCUCAUCCAACACUGCUCCAGCUGUAUCAUCUGUCACCAGUAAAGCAAAUGUCUUGAGUAGCGCUACGGCAUCGAGCACGUCUGGCACGUCUGAUACCGAGGAUGUCAUCAUAUUUUCCACUGCAACUCUCAUUCCAUUGCCGCCACAAUCCGCUCCUUUGACACGUUCUGUUGUGACUUCAGCCAAGCCCACGUCGAGCUCGUCGUCCACCUCAAUCGUUGUUCCUGUUUCUGUCAGCAAUUCGGAAUCGACUACAGCUACGCUAGAGUAUGCUUCAACAGCUUCUUCCACAUCUGCCGCUGCGACGAGCUGCGUCGGUGCGUCCUGUGGUCCUGCUUCAACUCCUGUUCAGUCUUCUUCUUCAGAAGGGGUUCCUGCAGUCGUUUCAACGCCAACGUCAACGCCUUCCGCUUUAACUGCUUCAACUGCUCCAGUUGUUUCUUCUACGAGCGUUCCAGCUGUGUACAACACGCAUUCCGACCUACCUUCCUCAGCUCUUGGGUCUCUCUCUUUCGAAACCAAUACUUACUUUAGCACAACUGUUACUAGGACGAGAACUAUCACACCUGCCUCCUCCUCGGCUCCAGCCACAGAAACAGCUGUCAAUAUCCCACAAACUUCUUCGUCCGUCGCUCCAGGCACAACCUCUGUUGAUCAGAACUCUGGCGUUACCACAAGUCAAGCCGUACAGUCGUCUCCAGGCGCCCCAAGCUCGGCUCAGACUACUACCACAAAAGAGACUUUGACUGAUACCCUCUACAAAUCGAGCACGGUUACCAAAACUCUUGGACUUAAUCCUGGAUAUGGCGAAACUGGGUCUGCUCCAUCUCCUUCUGUUGCGAUAUCUUCUGCUCCAGCCCCUUCUCUUCCAGCAUAUUCAGGCGUUAAGAACAUGUGCGAUUGCCCAAGUCCGGUCACGGUUACCGUAGUAGUCACUACCACACCAGCUGUUGUUACUCAAGCCUCCAGUCUGAUCUACACCACACCAGCGCUUGCAAGCUCUUCCCCAUCUUCCGCAUCAAUCUCUGCCCCAGCAGCUUCCUCCACUAAUGUAUCAGGCAACUCUGGAGCUUCCACCUCGGCAAAUACCGCAGAUGAUUACGAUACUCCAACAGGAUACGCUGCUUCGAUGGACAAGAACUCUGCAUCACCAAGCACAACAGUAUCCGCCAAGUCUGCAGUCACUGCCCCAGCCAACCCACCAUACGGAUUUAUCGGCGCCUCACUCUGCGGAGUUCACACUCUUCCCGUUUCUGUGGUCGAAGGCAGUACAUUGAUGACAACCAUGACCGGCUCAGCUUGUCCACCAGAAUCAACCCACUCUUCUGCAAAAGCUCCAUUCCCAACAGCCAUCGCGACUGCCGGAGUCUCCCAAACCUCGGGUUCUCCCACCAUUUCCGGUUCUCCUUACGCCCCUCAAAACUCCACUUACCCCUCCUGGGCCGUCCCACACGUCUCAAGCUCGACCCCAAAUCCCAUCACCACAUCCUCCGGACUGGUCAACGGCGUCAGACUCUCCUUCUUAAUCGGAUUCUUCGGUCUUGCAAUUCUCAUCCGAGACCUCUAA